ACACAUGAGGCUGUAUUUCCCCUUCUUCUGUUUAUUAAGGGAAGGAUGUUAUACUUUUUAAUCUAAUAAUCAUCCCACUGUAGCUGAACUUCAGACUGUGAUGUCAGUGUGUGUGGGUGUGGUUUGCUUCAUGAAGUCUGUAUUUAAGGAGCUGUUGCUGCAGACUAACUUCACUUCUUCAGCUCAGCAGCAGACCAGCUCCUCCCUCCAGAACCAACUAUGGCCAGCAAACAUGCCCAAAAUGCCUGCCAAUCAAACACAUACAAUAACGAUGUACUCCGGAUUGUGAUGGUGGGGAAGACCGGAGCUGGGAAGAGCACCACAGGAAACACCAUUCUGGGAAAAGAGUUCUUUAAAUCAGAGUUCUCUUUUAAAUCCUUGACUGUAAACUGUGAAAAGGUCUGUGGUGAAGUUGAUGGACAAAAAGUUGCUGUUAUUGACACUCCUGGUCUGUUUGACACCAAGAUUGAUGAAAAGACGACCAGAAAGAACAUUUGUAAGAGCAUUUCAUUUGCUUCUCCUGGACCCCAUGUCUUCCUGAUCGUCAUCAAAGUGGGCAGAUUCACAGAGGAAGAAAAGCAGACAGUGCAGAAGAUUCAGGAAAUCUUUGGAAAGGAAGCCGACAGAUACAGCAUGGUUCUCUUUACCCACGGUGAUCUGCUCAAAGGGAAACCUAUCGAAGAGUUAUUGGAGCAAAGUGAAGAGCUGCGGGAACUGGUGGCCAGAUGUAAAGGGCAGUACCACGUCUUCAAUAAUGAGGAGGAGGAUCGUUCUCAGGUCAGAGAGCUGCUCGACAAGAUCAGAAAUAUAGCAGUGAAGAACGGAGGAAGCCAUUACACCACUGAAAUGUUCCAGAAGGCAGAGAGGGCCAUAGAAGAGGAGAAACAGAGAAUCCUUAAACAGAAAGAAGACGAAAUACGCAAACAGGAAGAGGAAAUGGCAAAAAAGUAUGAGAAACAAUUAAAUGAAGCCAAAGAUGACAUGGAGAGGAUGCAAAAUCUAAAAGAAGCUAGUGAAAGAGAAAUGGAGGGGGAGAGUUGGAUAAUAAGAGAAGAGGCGGGAUGGAAGGCCAGAGAGGAAGCUGAAUGUACAAUUUUAUAGAUUCCUUUUUUAGAUAAUACCUAUCAACUGAGAUGUUUAGCAUGAGAGAGUCUGACCUUCUGAGGCUGGACAGCAGCAGAUUUACCAAACCUCCUUGCUCAUCUUCAGUCCCCUUUCUGAUGUAUUUGUUUGGUGUGAUUUAUAGUUAUAUCAGUUAUUUCUAGGUUUGCGUGGUUUGAACAAAUACUAAACAAAUGUCACACAUUGUCCAGAACCAAGAUCUCUGAUUUGUUCUUUGAUUGCUAUAACAAUCGAAACGUUCAAAUCUUUAUAUGUAAUGCAUUUUUAAAUCAAAUAUGAAAAGGUUGGAACACAAAUUAAUGUGUUAAUGUGUAAAGACAAACAUCAAGUGAUUAAUAGUGUACCAUAAUAAAAGACUGUUGAGUUCA